UUCAAGUUCAACAGGAGCUUUUUUUUCUAAAUACACCCAGAGUCGAGGAAAUCAAGACGUAACGAUGAGUCUCACCGCUAAGGACAUGGCUACGGUCAAAACCCUUUGGGGUAAAAUCUCCUCCAAGUCCGAUGAGAUCGGUGCUGAAGCCUUGGGCAGACUGCUGACCGUCUACCCCCAGACCAAGACCUACUUCGCCCACUGGGCUGAUGUGAGCCCUGGAUCUGCUCCAGUGAAGAAGCAUGGAAAGACCAUCAUGGGAGCUGUUGGUGAGGCAGUUUCCAAAAUUGAAGACCUUCCUGGAGCUCUGUCCCAGCUCAGCGAACUGCACGCUUACAAGCUCCGAGUGGACCCUGCUAACUUCAAGCUCCUGGCUCACAACAUCAUCGUGGUCGUGGGCAUGAUGUUCCCUGGAGACUUCUCUCCUGAAGUCCACGUGUCUCUAGACAAGUUCCUUCAGAACUUGGCCUGGUGUCUGGCUGAGAGGUACCGCUAAACCACCAAUCGGAAGGAAGAGUCUAAUGGCGCAGUUCUUCUUGGGCACAGCCAUGUCUGAAUAAACUCACUUGAUGAAUAAACUUAAA